AUGAAGGUCUUUCACUCUGGCCUGCUGCUGCUAGCGGCAAAGACCGUCACAGCGACCCUUCAAAUUGUACCGGGCGCUACCUGGACAGCGACCAAUACUGGGGCUCACGUCCAGGCCCAUGGCGCUGGUAUUAUCAAGGAAAACAACGUGUACUACAUGAUUGGCGAGGACAAGACCAACGGCAGUCCUUUCCAGAACAUCAACUGCUACUCAUCACAAGACCUGGUCCAGUGGACAUACGUGGGUGCAUUGCUAUCCCAGACAAGCUCCGGCGAUCUCGGGCCCAACCGUGUCGUUGAGCGACCCAAGGUGAUCUACAACUCAAGCACCAAGAAAUAUGUGCUCUACUUGCACAUUGACGACAGCAGCUACGGCGAGGCUAAGGUCGGCGUAGCCACGAGCGACACGGUCUGCGGCAAGUACACGUAUAUACGGAGCUUCAGGCCCCUUGGCUACCAGAGCAGAGAUCUCGGGUUAUUCCAAGACGAUGAUGGGAAAGGCUAUCUCUUGACCGAAGAUCGAGAGAAUGGGCUACGCAUCGAUGCUCUUAGCUCUGACUAUCUCAACGUCACAAGCGCGACGUAUCUGUGGAGCCAGUCGAUCGAAGCACCGGCUAUCCUGAAGAAGAAUGGAUAUUACUUCAUGUUUGGCAGUCACUUGACAGGCUGGAGCCCAAAUGACAACGUUUACUCCUAUGCUACCUCCUUGAGUGGUCCCUGGUCUUCUUGGACCACGUUUGCCACUACUGGCAGCAAUACAUACUCAUCUCAAACCAACUUCAUCCUGCCGUUCGGAUCCUCGGCCAUUUACAUGGGUGACCGCUGGGUGUCGACUAACUUGCAGCGCUCAACAUACGUCUGGUUGCCAUUGCAAAUUUCUGGCACCAAGGUCACCAUGGCCAACUACGUGAACUGGGUUCCGAACGUAUCGGCUGGAACCUGGGCGGCAGGGCCUUCAGAGACACAGCCUGAAGCAGAAUCGGCAACACUUAGCGGUGGAGCAGUCACUUUGAGUUGCUCCGGCUGUUCUGGGGGUACGGCGGUCGGUUAUAUCGGUGGCAGCUCAUCCGGCACAGUGACAUUCAAGGGCAUCAGCAGUUCUGCAAGCGCCAAGUCCACCAUAAGGAUAAAGUAUGAGAACGGGAAUACUUCACAGAGAUUCGGCAAGGUGACAGUAAACUCCGUGACGUACAACGUUGCGUUCUUGCCUACGGAGGACGGAAACAGCCCGGGAUCUUCUGUUGUGCAUGCGCAACUUAACAGUGGGAGCAGUAACACUAUUGUGAUUGCUGGACUUGGUGAUGGGACAUAUGGUCCAGAUAUCGAUCGUGUAAUGGUACCAAGUAGCUAA